ACCGUUCGCAACGGAAGAAUUCAAAUAAGGUAAGGAAGGAACCGGGAUGAACCCUUCAGCUUAACAGCCCUAUUGUGAUAUCACCUCCGCUAAUAACCCCGCUACAUUAUCUACCUACAUACUAUAAUACGCGCUAAAAUGAGGGGAGCUACCUAAAAGAUAUGCAACAAUUGAAAUUGUUAUGUGAGGGGCAGAUUAUAGAGGGGUCAAUCAAUUUUCCAUCGUCUUAUUUUCUGAUAAGGACCCCGACAUCGAAGCACACCUCUCUUAUGAGUCACCCAACCAACUUUUAUAUACCUAACCCAUCGCGAAUUGGUUGAUACCCCCCUUAAUCCCGUCAUUUUCACUUCUCCCUUUAAGGCGAAUAACAUAAAUCAUGGCGUCGAAUUCUAAACCCGGCGAGAACAUGUUAUGGGGAGGCCGCUUCACUGGCGGCCUCGACCCUCUCAUGGUGGCUUACAACGAGAGUAUCCACUUUGAUAAGAAGCUCUACAAGCAAGACAUCUUGGGCAGCAUCGCCUUCGCCCGGGCUAACAAGAAGGGGGGCAUUAUAACAGAAGAUGAAUUCAACAAGAUCGAGAAGGGCCUGCAAGCUGUCAUGCAGGAAUGGGAUAAUGGUUCAUUUGUCAUUGUCCCCGGUGUAGACGAGGAUAUACACACUGCAAAUGAGCGUCGGUUAGGUGAGAUCAUCGGCAAAGAGGUGGCCGGCAAGCUCCACACUGGACGCAGCCGCAAUGAGCAGGUCGCAUGCGACAUGCGUAUGUGGCUGCGAGAUGAGCUACGUAAAAUCGAAGGCCACAUCGUGACCUUCCUCCAGGUCGCCGCUGAGCGUGCCGAGAAAGAGGUGGACCACGUCAUGCCUGGCUACACGCACCUGCAGCGCGCCCAACCCAUCCGCUGGAGCCACUGGAUUAUGUCGUACAGCUUGGCCUUCGCCAGCGACCUGGAGCGACUACGCGAGGUCGUGAAGCGUGUCAACAAGAGCCCCCUAGGAUGCGGUGCCCUCGCCGGUAACCCCUUCAACAUCGACCGCGACAUGAUGGCCGCGGAACUGGGUUUCGAGGGGCUGCUGUGGAACUCGAUGGGCGGGGUGGCGGAUAGAGACUUCGUCGCAGAGACCCUGCAGUGGGCCUCGAUGCUCAUGCAACACGUCUCGCGGUGGGCCGAGGACCUGAUCAUAUAUUCGACCGCCGAAUUCGGCUUCGUGCGGCUGGCCGACGCGUACUCGACCGGCAGUUCGCUCAUGCCGCAGAAGAAGAACCCGGACAGCCUGGAGCUGCUACGGGGCAAGAGCGGCCGCGUGUUCGGCCAGAUGGCCGGGUUCAUGACGACCCUGAAGGGCCUGCCUAGCACGUACAACAAGGAUCUGCAGGAGAGCUGGGAGGCCAUGCUGGACACGGUCAAGACGGUCAGCGACAGCGUGCAGAUCGCGACGGGCGUGCUGGCUACGCUCGACAUCAAGCCCGAGAAGAUGCGCGCCGCUCUCGACCCCUUUAUGCUCGCUACUGACAUUGCCGACUACCUCGUCCGCAAGGGCGUGCCAUUCCGCGAGACGCACCACAUCUCGGGCCGCGUGGUGGCUCUAUCCGAGAAGACAGAUACUCCCAUGAACGAGCUCACAUACGACCAGCUCAAGUCGAUAGACGAACGUUUCGAGAAGGAUAUUGCCGAGUACUUCGAUUACGAGCGCAGCGUGGAGAUGCGGUCUGCCAAGGGCGGCACCAGCAAGGAGAGCGUUCUAGAGCAGAUCAAGGUGCUGCGACAAAGUCUUAAUGCUUAAUUUAGUAAAAAAAAUCUCGAGAGCGGUCGAGCGGUUUCUAUUUGGUGAACUCGGAAAGGCGAGGGCCAAUAUCCGAGAGGUUUUCUAAGGAGAUGAUAAAAAUAGGAAAAGAAAAAUUAGGUACCUAGGUUAGGUAGGUAUAGACAAAAAUUGGCCU